AGCAGCGUACUUUUCCCCGUCGGAGGCAGAAAUCCUCAUGGAGGCUUACAAAGAGGUAAAGGACCAAAUCAAAAAGAGAGGCAACACCGCCACAGAAACAACGAGAGAAAGCGUUGCCGCCUGAAUGCAUGGUCUGCAAUGCUGACUAUCUGAUCAGCAAUAUUGUGGCAAAGUGGCCUGGCUCAGUCCAUGACUCCCGAGUCUUUCGGACCUCUGGAAUCUAUCAGCGCCUAUCACAAGGUGAAUUCUCUGGUGUGUUGCUGGGAGACAGGGGGUAUGCCUGCCAGCCUUUUCUCCUCACACCAUACACAGACCCUCAGGAAGCACAGCAGGCCUAUAAUCAUGCCCAUGCCAGGACAAGGGCCAGGAUCAAAAUGACCUUUGACCUCCUGAAGGCACGCUUUCACUGUCUUCACCACUUAAGGGUCAGCCCUUUGAGGGCAUGUGACAUCAUUAUGGCCUGUGCUGUCCUCCACAAUGUGGCCUGCCUGAGGAAGGAGAGGGCCCCCAGAUUGCCAUCACACAUGGACUGGGACAAUCCUGCCAUCUUCCGUGAUGACGACAGUGGUCGGCUGGUCAGGGACCAAUAUGUGUUCAGUUAUUUUAGUUAA